AUGGAAAGAGAAUUAGUCAAUAAUUCAGUUCAAACAUGGAUCAGUGCCUUAACUGGUGGUGCAAUUAUUGGUCUUCUUGGGAUUUUACCUCUUUAUAUUGUUCCUAAUGAAAAUAAAAAAAAAGAAAAACCUUAUUUGGAAAUGUUAUUAAGUAUAGCUGUUGGAACUCAAUUAGCUGAUGUUUUUUUGCAUUUAUUACCAGAAGCAUUUUCACAUCCAGAUGCAUCAUCAACAUAUAUUGGACUUUGGACACUUAUUGGUCUUUUUCUUUUUUUUAUUAUUGAACAAAUAUUUCCAGACGAUAAUUAUCAAGAUUUUAAUUAUAAAUCUAAACAAUUAACAGAACAAAAAAUAAAAACGAGUGGUUAUUUAAAUUUAUUAGCAAAUUUUAUAGAUAAUGUAACACAUGGUGCAGCUAUUGGUGGAAGUUUUGCUGUUAGUCCUUUAAUAGGUUUUGAUCGUUGGCAAGCAACUAAAGCUCAAUUUAUUACUGGUUUAGGAGGACUUAUUGGAGCUUCUAUUGCUCUUAUUUAUUCAAAUUUCCUUCAUAGUACACUAUGGGUUUUACCUUUCACUAGUGGUGCUUUUCUUUAUGUAGCUUUAGUCAAAACAUUACCUCAUUUAUUAAAACAAAAUGAUUUAACGCAUUCUUUUCGACAAUUAAUCGGCGUAUGUGGAGGUCUUUGUAUUAUUUAUCUUAUUCUUAUUUAUGUUGGAUAA